AUGUCUUCACUGGGAGCCUCCUGCAGCAGGAUUUACACCCUGUGGAGUGAGCUGGAGGACUGCACGCUGCAGGUCUCACCCUCCGGACACUACCUGGACCUUGACUUGUCCCUGCUGGAGCAGAAGGAUGAUCUGGAGGGUUUCUACGAGGAGGUCAGGAAGGGGAGACGGCCGACCCUGAUCCUGCGCACGCAGCUCUCCGUCCGAGUCCACGCCAUCAUCGAGAAGCUGUACAACUCACAGGGGCCGGAGCUGCGGCGAUCCCUCUUCUCCCUGAAGCAGCUCUUCCAGGAGGACAAGGACCUGGUGCCCGAGUUCGUAAACCUGGAUGGGUUGACGUGCCUGAUCAAAGUGGGGGCAGAGGCCGACCAGAACUACCAGAAUUACAUCCUCCGGGCCUUGAGCCAGAUCAUGCUCUUUGUGGACGGGAUGCAGGGUGUCAUCAACCACAACGAGACCGUCCAGUGGCUGUACACGCUGUCAGGAAGCCCAUUUCGCCUGGUGGUGAAGAUGGCACUGAAGCUGCUCCUGGUGUUCGUGGAGUACACAGAGCCCAAUGCCCUGCUCCUCAUCCGCGCCGUCAAUGCCGUGGACCAGGCGAGAGGUGCCUGCCCAUGGUCCAACCUGAUGGCCAUCCUGAAGCAACGCCACGGGGCUGACACGGAGCUGCUGGUGUUCACCAUGACACUCAUCAACAAGACGCUGGCAGCCCUCCCGGACCAGGACACCUUCUACGACGUGACUGACUGCCUGGAGCAGCAGGGCAUGGAGCACGUGGUGCAGGAGUACCUGGGCAGCAAGGGCACCGACCUCGACUUGAAGCAGCAGUUCACACUCUACGAAAGUGCUCUCAAGCUGGAGGAUGGCGUGGAAGAGCCGCCCUCGGGGGGACGCAAGGAGAGGAGGAGGACAGACGAGGGCCGGCGUGGGUGGCGGUCCCAGAGCGGCUGCCCAGAGCCCAGUGCUGAUGCCCAGUCCCUUCUGGAGUCCCCUGGCACUCCAAAGGAGCCCCCAGCUGAGGACACCCCAGAUAUCCCCUCACCGAGCAGCCCAGCAGAACCCUGUCCCAGCAGCACCUACAGCAGCGCGUCCAGCGUGCGGCUGGCCCUGGCCUCCCCCCUGGCCGAGAAGGAGCAGCCCCCGGGCCCAGGAGAGCGCAGUGUUUACAAGCUGCGCCAAACUGCCCCCGUCUGGCGGGAGGAUGCCCCCUCCUUGCAUGGGGACAAGCCUAUUUUGAGGAGGUUUGAAGCUCGCUUUUUGGAGAACCUGGCUGCAGCCCAGAAGGAGAAGAUCUCUUCCAUGGCCAAGGGGCGGCUCGACGUCCUCGGUGAUGCUGCUCUGGAGCAUCCUGCUGCUCCUGCGUGGGAAGGAGACAGCGGCACCUCUGAUUCCGGGACGGAGCCACCCAGCAUAAGGUCUCGCCUGGCUCGGUCUGACACCACCGACUCCUGCAGCACCAUCUCCUCUGACACCAAGUUUAUGCUGGACAUGCUCUAUGCCAAGGGCUCCUCAGAGCCAGGGAGAGAGAAGGUGUUCCCUGAGGUCCCUUCAUCCCCCCGGAUCCAGGGUGAGGCAGAGAUGGAUGCCAAGGGAGGUAGCAGCCAGGAGCAGGAGAGUGCCUGGCUCCGUGGCAGGGCUCCAGAUGGGCCAGUGGCCAGUGCCCACGCCAAGCUGGUACGUGCCAUGUCCAGCAUAGAUGCCGAGACCCACACGCAGAAGCUGGAGAACACCGGGAUGAUGCCCAUCAAGAAGGACAUGGAGCUGACAUGGGAGCGCCUGGAGGCCAGCCCCGUGCAGCUGAAGAUCAAGGACCUGGACUUCACUGAUCUGGGGGAGGAAGAAGAUUUUGACAUCCUGGACACAGGGCCAAUGGCCAAUGGCUCCUUCCUCCAUUCUGGCAUUAGAGCAACAAGCACUGGAACAUUGAUGGCUCCCCCUCCACCUCCUGCCAUGCCUGGUUGCCCACCACCUCCACCUCCACCUCCACCUCCUGCCAUCCCUGGUUGUCUCCCACCUCCACCUCCACCUCCUGCCAUCCCUGGUUGCCCACCACCUCCACCUCCUGUAGCCCCUGGCUGCCCACCCCCACCAGGGCUGCCAGGCCUCUCAGCAACAGAUGGCCCCUCCCAGGCCAAGAAGAAGAGGACAGUGAAGCUCUUCUGGAAGGAGCUGAAGCAGCUGGAUGGCACUGUAGGGCCAGGCAGGUUUGGCCAGGGGACACUGUGGGCAUCCCUGCAGAAUGUCGAGAUCAACGCUGCAAAACUGGAGCAUCUCUUUGAGUCGCGGUCAAAGGAAGUGCCAGCUUCAAAGAAAGCUGUGGAUGGGAAGAAGGUCGUGGUGGUGCUGGACCCCAAGAGAAGCAACGCCAUCAACAUUGGCCUCACAGUGCUGCCACCCGUCCACAUCAUCAAGACUGCUGUGCUCAACUUUGACGAGUUUGCAGUCAAUAAGGAAGGGAUUGAGAAAAUCCUGACCAUGGUCCCGACUGAGGAGGAGAAGCAGAAGAUCCAGGAGGCCCAGUUGGCCAACCCUGAUGUGCCCUUGGGCUCUGCAGAGCAGUUCCUGCUCUCCCUGUCUUCCAUCAGUGACCUCACAGCCAGACUCCAGCUCUGGGCCUUCAAGCUGGACUAUGAGAGCCUGGAGCAGGAGAUUGCAGAGCCGCUCUUUGAUCUGAAGGUGGGCAUGGAGCAGCUGGCCAAAAAUCACACCUUCAAGUGCAUCCUGGCCACGCUGCUGGCCAUGGGCAACUUCUUGAAUGGUUCCCAGAGCAGAGGCUUUGAACUGGGCUACCUGGAGAAGGUCUCGGAAGUGAAGGACACCGUGCACCGGCAGUCCCUGCUCUACCAUCUCUGCCAGAUGGUGGUAGAGAAGUUCCCAGAAACCACUGAUCUCUACUCAGAGAUUGCCUCCAUCACCCGCUCCGCCAAGAUUGACUUUGAAGAGCUGGCCAACAGCCUGGUGCAGCUGGAGCGGAGGUGCAGGGCCUCCUGGGACAACCUGAAGGUGAUUGCCAAGCACGAGACCAAGCCGGUGCUGAAGACCAAGCUGACAGAGUUCCUCAAGGACAGCACCCAGCGCAUCGUCGUCUUGAAGGUGGUGCACAGGCGCGUCCUCAACAGGUUUCACUCCUUCCUGCUGUACCUGGGGUACCCGGCGAGCGCGGCGCGGGACGUGAAGGUGACGCCCAUCUGCAAACUGCUGCGGGAGUUCGCCCUGGGAACAGGGCAUUCCACCCCAACCCAGGGCUCCUCGGCCCAGGAGGACGUUCCCAGCUCCCCAGACGAUGCUUCAGAUGAAAUCAUGGACCGGCUGGUGAAAUCGGUGACUCACAAUGCCAACCCCCGGCCCUGCACCAACAGGGAGCGCAGGAGGUCCCGUGGCAAUAGGAAGUCCUUGCGGCGGACGCUGAAGAGCGGGCUCAGCGAUGAGCUGGUGCAGGCGCUGGGCCUGGGGCGGGCGCCCGGCAUGGACGUCUGAGGGGGCCGAGAGGGCUCCUGCUGCUCCCCACCACCAGCAGCCCCAGGGCAGAACGUGGUGGCAGCCCCCGUGGCACGCUCCAGGACUGGCACACUCUGCACCUUUGGUCUUGCCUCACUUUUCGCUCCUGGCCUCCAGCUCCCAGAGGUGCAGGCAGCAGGAGGGUGGUGAUGCCCCAGAGCUGCUCUGCGGUGACUGGGAUGGAGGAUGCUCAGCACUCGUGCAUGGAGGCUCAGGGUUCAUCUUCUCAGCAGUAUUAUAGGGGUCAAGGGGCUGGACCCAGACCCCCCCUGGGACCUGGGUCUGGCCCGUGGCCACUGUGGCAAUAAAGUGAUCUGACAUGC